AUGAAAGGAGGGGUACACCCUGCGCUCCCGGGCUCCUCUAGCCCGUCCCUCCGGGUCUGCAGGGCCGCACCGGAGGGCCCCCCCCCCCCUCCAACCUCCCAGAGUCGGCGCCGCUGGGAGCAAGCAGCGGCCCCGGCGGCGCCGUACCUGUCGGCAGGAGCAGCUCGACUCCUCGUGCCGGGCCGCGGGCCGAGGCCGACGGAACCGCCGAGACCAGGUAUAGAGUCUGGCGGCGCCGCUCCGCCCACCAGCCUCCCGGGACGCGGUCCGGGACCCUCGAGCCUGCACAGCCGCUCGGGGCCCCAUCGGCGCCGCGGCCUCCCGGGCACCCCCGAGCUCCAGCUACCUGGGCGCCCCCCCCCCCCGCCCUCCGCCCCAACCGUGGACGGCCUCCACUUACCUUCAAUCGCCAUGAUGCGCUCGCCCUGGACCGCACCAAGUGCGCGGCCGGGGGCGGCGAGCGGGGCGCGCGGGCGGAGGACGCGCCGGGGCCGCCGGCGCGCGGGGCGGGGCGGGGCCGGGCCCGCAGGCGCGGGGCUGCGCGGCCGGGAGGGGCGAGGCGCGGGCGGGGCGAAGGAGGGGCCCGGGCGCCGCGGGCGCGCCGAGGAAAUGGACGCUUCCCGGGCCGCCCCGCCGCCGCCGCCGCCGCCGCCGCCGGCACGUGACGCGCCCCGCCGCCGCCCCGCCGCCCCCGCAGCGUCUAGCGCCGGGGUUCGGACCAGGAGCGGGGUACGGAGGGCCCCCGGGAGUCCCGCACCCGAGACCAGCCCCGGGGCCUCUCGGCCGCAGGAGCCCGGCGCCGAGACGUCCGCUCCCCGCUGGCGGGCGGCAGCUGGAGUCCACCGAGGGGCGCGCGAGGGCUGCUGUCAGCACCAUGGACAGGUCUCAGCUGUCCUCCGGCCUCCGGGAUCCCCAGCCACCCGGUGA